AUGAAGCAAAGAUCGAGCAUAGCCAUGGACGUCGACGACGUCGAAGCAUUCAAGAUCUUUAAGCGAGAAGCCCAGAAGUUGCAGAGAACCUGUGAAUUGAGAGAAUCAGAGGGACUGCCAAAAGAAGAGAGAGAAAGGGACAUAAAGCUUGAGGUCUGUGGUCAAGCCAACACUUUUAAUGUGAAGGACUUUGGUGCAAUUGCAGAUGGGAAAACAGACAAUAGCAAGGCAUUGUUGAAUGCAUGGAGCAAAGCAUGUCGAGGGAAGGCACAAGGCACGGUUUUGGUUCCGUCGGGAACGUUCUUAGUGAAUCCGAUAACGCUCCAAGGCCCAUGCAACGAUCAAACAGCGUUUCAGAUAGGUGGGGUUUUAAAAGCUCCUUCUGAUCCUUCAUUUGGUACUGACCAGUGGAUUAACUUUAAGGGUAUCAAUGGUUUGAAAGUCUAUGGAAAGGGGACUUUCGAUGGCCAAGGAGCUUCUGCUUGGUCACAGACCAAAUGUGGUGGGAAUGCCAAUUGCAAGCAGCCUCCAUUAUCAGUGAAAUUCAAUUAUAUCACCAAUGCAUCAAUUCAAAGCAUAACCUCAGUAGAUAGCAAGUUCUUCCACUUCGCCAUUUGUGAGAGUGAGAACAUUAUUGUCUCCAACGUGAAGAUAUCAGCACCUGGUGACAGCCCUAACACCGAUGGAAUCCAUGUUAGCAACUCGAAAAAUAUCAAAAUAUUGAACUCCAGCAUUGCCACUGGAGAUGAUUGUGUAUCCUUAGGUCCUGGGAAUACAAACGUAUCCAUUUCUGGUAUUUCAUGUGGACCUGGCCAUGGAAUUAGCAUCGGAAGCCUUGGAAAAUACCCCAACGAAAAGACUGUGAAAGGAAUUUUUGUGAGAAACUGUACUUUUAGCAACACCCAGAAUGGUGUGAGGAUCAAAACAUGGGCUCCUUCCCCACCCAGCAAAGUUACUGGAGUUACUUUUCAAGAUAUUGUUAUGUACAAUAUAGACAAUCCCAUUAUCAUUGAUCAACAAUAUUGCCCUUCCAAGCCAUGCAGUGCCAAGGGAGAUUCUCUGGUUCAAAUCAGCGACGUAAACUACAUAAACAUUCAAGGGAGUUCGAGUUCAAAAGUUGCAGUGAACGUGCAGUGCAGCCCAAGUUUUCCAUGCCAAGGAAUUAAAUUCAAUGGCAUAAACAUAAGCUACAGUGGCCAAGGAGGACCAGCAACUGCCUCAUGUUCUAAUGUCAAAGCAUCUUUUCAGGGACAACAAAUUCCUCCCCCUUGUGUUUAG